AUGUCGACGACUAAACUCUUCAACCCUCUCAGGGUGGGCAAUGUUGAAGUCGCCCACCGCAUCACUCUGCCACCAUUGACCCCCUUCCGGGCCGGCGACGGGCACAUCCCCCUCGACAUGGCCGUACAAUACUAUGAGCAGCGUGCCAGCAUACGCGGUACACUUCUGAUAUCCGAAGCCAUCGUCAUUUCGCCGCGGGCGGGCGUUUACCGGAACGUCCCCGGACUCUGGUCACCCGAGCAGAUCGCACAGUGGCGCAAGGUCACAGACGCCGUACACGGGAAGGUAUCCUACAUCUAUGCACCGCUAUGGGCGAUCGGUCGCAUGGCGGAUAUUGAAGCAACUCGCGAGGCAGCUAGAGUGGAUGCAGAGCUUAUCUCAUCCAGUGCGGUGGAGUAUCAUCCGGGGCUCAUACCACGCGAAAUGGCUGAGGAGGUGAUCAAGGACGUUAUUAAUGACUUCCGGAUCGCAGCCAGCAAUGCUACAUCGGCAGGGUUUGAUGGGGUAGAGAUCCACGGAGCAAACGGAUACCUCGUCGACCAGUUCACUCAAGCUGCUGUCAACAAGAGAAGGGAUAACCCAUGGAGCACUUAUCAGGGUAUGGCCCAAGAUAGCGAUGACGAGCUGAUGGAGCAAUUCGGGUAUUUAGCGAGGAAGACCGCCGAGUUUACGCUGGCAUAUGUGCAUCUCAUUGAGGCGCGCGUUGCCGGGGUGGUGGACGUGGAUGUGGUCCCGCACAGGAAUCUGGAUGUCUUCUUCGAGUCAUAUGGGCGAGCGAGCCCGGUUAUGGUGGCGGGAGGCUACGAUGGUGAGUCUGCGUGCGAGGCUGCUGAUGCGCACUACAAGGACUACGAGGUUCUGGUGGCUAUUGGAAGGCCGUGGAUUGCAAACCCAGGCCUUCCUUUCCGACUGAGGUACGGCAUCCCGCUGCGGAAGUAUGAGAGAGAGCAUUUCUAUACUCCACGCAGCACGAGGGGAUAUAUCGACUACCAGUUCAGCGAUGAGUUCAAAGCGCGCAAGGCUGUGGCUUAG